CAGCGGGAGAAAGGAUUCGCGUCGUGUUGGUUUGAUUUGCCAUCCGUGGAAGAAAUCUUCGCCUUUCCUUCUUCAUUAACCAGUUCCCCUCCAGCCGCAACCCGGUGUUCUUUCCCUAGAUUUUGCAAACUAUCAACAAAGAAGUGUGGCGAGUCCAGCAGACAGUCCUUGACUGCCUGUGCUGUGCGGGUUGAUAGAGCUUCCUUGGAGGCGCUGUUCUACCAAGCUAGCCUGAAAGAGCCUUUUGGCCAAAAUGAAGGGUGUUGCUGCAUGUGCAUAAAGUAUCUUUUCCUCCCUUUGUAGGGUGAAAAGGUUUCAAAUAUUGAGAUUAAAUUAUUAAAAUCUGGCUGGGUAUCAUGACCAUAGGAGAAAAAAAAUACAAUAGGGAAAUAGAACGAUUAUCUUUGGGGAGGGAGUUAUUGUCCAACUUUUCGAAAGUGCCAGAGAUGAGUUACUUACGGAAAUUGUUGAUUACCUGGACAUCUUAAGACCCAGGAACCAGUUUAUUAGGAAUCUGCUGUCUUGAAAAAUGCAGUUUAUGAAGGCUUUGGAUUAAGAAGGUGUAAACAGUGGUUUGUCAUUUCUGCCACAUAAGAGACUAAUCUGAAACACCUCCCUGGCAGUUGCCCAGAUGCCUGAAACUGUCAAGAACUAGUACUUGGAGUGAUCAUCCUUCAACAAGUAAUGCAGAACUACCUAUGUAGUAUAUAAAUGUUAUUUCUUUGGUGACAUUUAAGAUAAUGGACAGCUUUUCUACAUCUAAUUUUCAGGCGAAAAAUUAAUACAUGGAGUCUGGAGAAGCAUUUGUUAUAAAUUGAAAGAUUGGGUUUUCUCUUUUAAGUUUUCCAGAUGUAUUGUCUCAUCUGUAUGCUUGAAAUCUCUACAAUCACAUAAACUCCAGAUAUAACGAUGGAGCCAUAUGACCCAUCAAGAUAUAGGAAAAGUGUUGGCGAGCUUUGGAACCAGUUAUUUUUGUGUCUUUUCAGCAAUUAAACUAAUAUAUUCUUUGCUAAUCGAGAAUAUGGAACCAAAUACAGUCAUGCAUAUUGUGUUGACAAAUUGUGGCUGUUGAAUUUUUCUGUAACUGGUUACUCUUGUCAUUCAAAGUCGACGUAAUAUGUCCAAAUGGAUAUAAAGACUGUGUUGGUGUACCUAGCUUCUAGCCAAUGUUGAAGAUAAAAAAUCUAUUAUGACUAAUCCUUGGGAAGAGAAAGUCUGCAAAAUGGCUCAAACGAGUUUACUGCAAGGGAAGCAGUUUUACUGUAGGGAGUGGGUUUUCCACAAGCUUCAGCAUUGCCUCCAGGAGAAAACCAGCUGCUGUAGUAGUGCUGUCAACACACCGUCCCUUGUGAUGAAUUCUGGGAAUAAUGCUGGUGCCGUCUCAGGAAAGGCAGCCGCCUGGGGUGUGUUGUUGGUAGGAGGACCUGGCAGUGGCAAGACAGCCCUGUGCACUGAACUCUUAUGGCCAAGUUCACCCACAAGCUUGCAGAGAGGUUUACAUCGCCAGGCUUUGGCCUUUCAUUUUUGCAAAGCCCAGGACUCUGACACUUUGUGUGUGGGAGGGUUCGUUAGGGGCCUGGUUGCCCAGAUCUGCCGCAGUGGACUACUCCAAGGAUAUGAGGACAAGCUACGAGAUCCAGCAGUUCAAAGCCUCUUGCAGCCUGGAGAAUGUGAGAGGAACCCAGCAGAAGCAUUCAAAAGGUGUGUGCUGCUCCCGCUCCUGGGCAUGGAGCCCCCGCAGCAGAGCCUGUUCCUGCUGGUGGACUCUGUGGACGAAGGGUGCAAUGUCACUGAAGGGGAGCAGACAGCCACCAGCUUAUCCGGGACUGUGGCAGAGCUGCUCGCUGGUCACCAUGAGUUCUUCCCACCGUGGCUCCUGCUUCUCUGUUCUGCCCGAAAACAGAGUAAGGCUGUUACUAAAAUGUUUACUGGUUUUCGAAAAAUUAGUUUGGAUGACCUUCGGAAGGCAUAUAUUGUCAAGGAUGUGCAGCAGUACAUUCUUCAUCGUUUAGACCAGGAGGAAGCUCUGCGGCAACAUCUCACAAAAGAAACUGCCGAGAUGUUAAAUCAACUGCACAUUAAAAGCAGCGGAUGUUUCCUUUAUCUAGAACGAGUUUUAGAUGGAGUAGUAGAAAAUUUUAUUAUGUUAAGAGAGAUUCGUGACAUCCCAGGAACUCUGAAUGGUCUGUAUCUCUGGCUGUGCCAAAGACUUUUUGUAAGAAAACAGUUUGCAAAGGUUCAGCCUAUUUUAAAUGUGAUUCUUGCAGCCUGUCGACCUUUGACCGUCACAGAGUUGUAUCAUGCAGUGUGGACCAAAAAUAUGUCCUUGACCUUGGAGGACUUUCAGCGCAAGCUAGAUGUCCUUUCCAAACUUCUUGUCGACGGACUGGGAAACACUAAGAUCCUGUUUCACUAUAGUUUUGCUGAGUGGCUUCUGGACGUGAAGCACUGCACUCAGAAGUAUUUAUGUAAUGCGGCAGAAGGACACCGAAUGCUGGCCAUGAGCUACACCUGUCAAGCCAAGAAUUUAACCCCAUUGGAAGCACAAGAAUUCGCUUUGCACCUAAUUAAUUCAAACUUGCAGCUAGAGACAGCUGAGUUAGCCCUGUGGAUGAUAUGGAAUGGCACACCUGUCAGAGACUCUCUGUCCACUUCAAUACCCAAGGAACAGGAAGUGCUGCAGCUGCUGGUGAAAGCUGGUGCUCACGUCAACAGCGAAGACGAUCGCACGUCCUGCAUCGUGCGACAAGCCUUGGAAAGAGAGGAUUCCAUCAGGACAUUAUUAGAUAAUGGAGCGUCAGUAAAUCAGUGUGAUUCAAACGGGAGAACGUUGUUGGCUAAUGCCGCAUACAGUGGCAAUCUCGAUGUAGUGAAUUUGCUUGUCUCUCGGGGAGCAGACUUAGAGAUAGAAGAUGCUCAUGGACAUACCUCACUCACCCUAGCUGCCAGGCAAGGCCACACCAAGGUGGUUAAUUGUUUGAUUGGGUGUGGAGCAAAUAUCAAUCACACUGAUCAAGAUGGUUGGACAGCAUUGAGAUCUGCUGCUUGGGGUGGCCAUACGGAGGUCGUUUCUGCACUGCUUUAUGCUGGCGUGAAAGUGGAUUGUGCGGAUGCUGACAGCCGGACGGCUCUGAGGGCAGCAGCGUGGGGCGGCCACGAGGAUAUUGUACUGAACCUGCUGCAACAUGGUGCUGAAGUCAACAAGGCCGAUAACGAAGGCAGGACUGCUCUGAUCGCAGCAGCCUACAUGGGACACAGAGAGAUUGUGGAGCACCUGCUGGACCACGGAGCAGAGGUGAACCACGAGGACGUGGAUGGCAGGACUGCACUCUCCGUUGCCGCGCUCUGCGUGCCUGCCAGUAAAGGGCACGCGUCCGUCGUUAGCCUUCUGAUCGACCGAGGUGCUGAAGUGGAUCACUGUGACAAAGAUGGCAUGACUCCCCUGCUGGUAGCUGCCUACGAAGGACACGUGGACGUGGUCGACUUGCUUCUGGAGGGAGGGGCAGACGUAGAUCACACGGACAACAAUGGUCGGACACCCCUGUUAGCGGCAGCUUCUAUGGGCCACGCUUCGGUAGUAAACACGCUCCUGUUCUGGGGUGCAGCUGUGGAUAGCAUUGACAGUGAAGGGAGGACGGUCCUCAGCAUAGCGUCGGCACAAGGAAACGUUGAGGUGGUCCGCACUCUGCUGGACAGGGGGCUGGACGAAAAUCACAGAGACGACGCUGGCUGGACGCCUUUGCACAUGGCAGCUUUUGAAGGCCACAGGUUAAUAUGUGAGGCACUCAUCGAACAAGGUGCUAGAACAAAUGAGAUCGACAAUGACGGCCGAAUUCCCUUCAUAUUGGCUUCACAAGAGGGUCAUUAUGAUUGCGUUCAGAUAUUACUGGAAAAUAAGUCCAACAUUGAUCAGAGAGGUUACGAUGGAAGAAACGCACUGCGGGUUGCUGCGUUGGAAGGACACAGGGACAUUGUGGAGCUGCUAUUCAGCCAUGGUGCUGAUGUGAACUACAAAGAUGCAGAUGGCAGGCCCACGCUCUAUAUCCUGGCCUUAGAGAACCAACUUACGAUGGCCGAGUAUUUCUUAGAGAAUGGUGCCAACGUGGAGGCAAGCGACGCCGAGGGCCGGACUGCGCUCCAUGUCUCCUGCUGGCAAGGUCACAUGGAAAUGGUGCAGGUGCUCAUUGCUUCCCACGCGGACGUCAAUGCGGCCGACAACGAGAAGCGCUCCGCCCUGCAGUCCGCGGCCUGGCAGGGCCACGUGAAGGUGGUCCAGCUGCUGAUCGAGCACGGCGCCGUGGUGGACCACACCUGUAACCAGGGUGCCACUGCCCUCUGCAUCGCCGCCCAGGAGGGGCACGUCCACGUCGUCCAGGUCUUACUGGAGCACGGUGCUGAUCCAAACCACGCAGACCAGUUUGGGCGCACAGCUAUGCGCGUGGCCGCCAAAAACGGACAUUCUCAAAUCAUUAAAUUAUUAGAAAAAUAUGGUGCAUCUAGUCUGAACGGCUGCUCCCCGUCUCCUGUCCACACGAUGGAGCAAAAACCUCUCCAGUCGGUGUCGUCAAAAGCGCAGUCGUUAACCAUCAAGUCCAACAGCUCCAGUAGCACCGGCGGCGGGGACGUGCAGCCUUCCCUGCGCGGCCUGCCCAAUGGGCCGGCGCAUGCCUUCAGCUCCCCGUCCGAGUCCCCCGAUUCCACGGUGGACCGGCAGAAGUCGUCCCUGUCCAAUAAUUCCCUGAAGAGCUCAAAAAAUUCCUCCUUGAGAACCACUUCGUCCACGGCCACCGCCCAGACGGUGCCGAUCGACAGCUUUCACAGCCUGUCCUUCACCGAGCAGAUCCAGCAGCACUCGCUGCCGCGCAGCCGCAGCCGCCAGUCCAUCGUGUCCCCGUCCUCCACCACGCAGUCCCUGGGGCAGAGUCACAACUCCCCGAGCAGCGAGUUUGAGUGGAGUCAGGUGAAGCCCAGCCUCAAGUCCACCAAAGCCAGCAAGGGGGGGAAGUCGGAAAGUUCCAGCAAAUCCGGGUCAGCGGGGAAAAAGGCGAAACCAGGCAAUUCUGCGCAGCCAAAGGUCCUAGAGUACGAAAUGACCCAGUUUGACAAGAGAGGGCCCACAGCCAAAUCUGGGACGAGCGCUCCCCCCAAACAGACGCCUGCGGACUCCCAGUGCAAAAGCGCAGCGCCCUGCGCGCAGCAGGAGGCGGGCCGCACCCCGCAGCCCUUCCUCCUGCACCAGCAGGGCUGCGAGCAGAAGCGGAGGAACGGCAUCAUGACCAACCCCAACUACCACCUCCAGGGCAGCCAGGUGUUUCUCGGCAGGGUUUCAGUCCCCCGGACGCUGCAGGAGCGGGGCCACCCGGAGGUGCUGGAGGGCUACCCCUCCUCGGAGACGGAGUUAAGCCUUAAGCAAGCCCUGAAGCUGCAGAUCGAGGGCGCCGACCCCAGCUUCAACUACAAAAAGGAAACGCCCUUAUGAAGUUCCUGCUCUGAGAGACGGGAGGCUCUGUGGUUGGAGUGGCUGGCUCUUCAGCUUCCUGGCUGAGAAUGUGAGCGCCCAGUGGUGUGCCCAGAGAGAACGGAGAAUGUGCUGUCCUCGGCACAGUUACCUUAAUUACUGUCACGUGCCUAAACAGUAAGGCUGCCUUCUCAGUGUAACCCUCUGUGCUUAGAAACUUUGAUUUCGCGUGCUUUGUAUUCACUACACAGAAUAAGCACUUUUAAAAAAAAAAAGAUGUAUACUACAGUUCCCUGAUAAAGCUGAAAACAACUUUGAGUAAAGUAUUUUAAGUUAAGAUUUGAUAAAUGUGCAUGUGCCAUGGUCAAAUAUAUAUGAAAGGCGAUGUUCUUUGUAUUUAUUUUCUUCUUUUUUGUGGCAAAAGAACUUUACGCAUAGUGUUCUGGUCAUAUUUGCAUUGUAGCGCGUGGCCUGUUUCUUGUAUUUUUUUAAAAUGUCGCUCAAUAAAAUGGAUCUUGCAACUGUUUAUGUUCACUACACCUUCAGCAUUGCCUAAAAAUGAGUUUCUGUAUGAAUGCCACGUCAAGGUGAAAAAAUGUUUUUUUGACAGAUUCUCAAAAAACAUAAUUCCUAGUAGUUUAGGGAGCUGCUCCCCGUAGUUUAAAUCUGGAUCUUCCCAGUAGGAUGCUCCUCUUGUCUGGUCCACAGUGUCAAAAUGAGCAAACAAGUGGACAGUAGGCAGAACAAAGUUCCAUUUCCUUCCAGGAUGCAGUUUGCCUCCCACUUGCUAUCCUUCCACCUCCAAGACCACAGACUCAUUUCUGAGGCAUGAAAAUUCUCAGGGACAAAGCCGUGCCUCAGUGUGCGCAUGUGUGCGCAGAGGUGCACCUGUCUGUCUGAGGGUAGAAUUUUUGAUCCCUGAACAAUUCAUUGCCUACCCUCAUCUCUUCCUCCCAGCAAAAUAAAAUGUAAAUUCUCAGUGUGAACGUUUAUGUGGCUUCUCUCUCAGCUAUUUCUGCUGGCAAAUCACUGCGUGGCCAAAAUAGUCCCUCUCAAAAUCAACCGGGUUCAUGUCGUGGCUGAGUUGGGUGAAUCCUCUUGAUGAAGAGGAUAUGUUCGUCUGUCCUUCACAGAUGACACCUCCAGCCCUUCGCCCUUCCACGUGUGUAUUUCUUAUUACUUAACAAUUGACAGGUUUGCACUUUCCUACCCAUGUGCUCUUUCCUGUGUUCUUUGGGCAGCUGCAUUCAGGUGGGGAGGUGCCAAGGGUAAGGGAGAAAUGUGUGAGCAGGAAAAUAAACUCAGUGCCUGUGAGCAUGUGACCCGCAGCCCUGGCCUCCUGGAGGUACUUGGCACCAGUGGGGCCAGAGUGAAUGGGUUGUGUGCAUGUUUGGGAAAGUCGACAUGAUUUGGCAACUGCAGAUGGGGAUUUGAUCUUUGAGUGAGCACUGUUAAUCUUACAGACCCCGGAAAUUCUGUUCUCCGCCAGGGCCGUUGAUAAAGAGGAUUGAGGAAAGAGAAUUUGGAGACAGCACAAAAUCAUUGCUACUACUCUUUCAAACAUGUUUUAAUGACAGAGGUCAAUGGUGUCAUCGCAGACAAAGGACACUUGUAAGGCAUUGUUCAUGGGAACAGAAAUGUGUAACACGUGACAAAUGUUUCCCUCUUGAACCUGUGUGUAAGGCUUUCUUGCUUUUGCUUUUUAAAGUCAGUACAACCCAUUUGCCUGUGUCGUUCAUAAGUCAUAGUCAGACCAAGGAGAUGAGAAGUUCAAUGGAAAUUAAGGUGACAUGGCAAUAUUGAAAACUCAAAUGUGAAUGUUUCAAGUAUUGGAUUCUUGUCCCUAUGGGACAUUUAUUAAAUACACUUAAUAGGACUCGCAAAGUAGCCUUAAAGUGUUAAUGAUGCUGUUAAUGCCAACGUGCUGUUAUUGGAACCCACCUUCCUCGUGUCUCAGUACAUUGCAUCACUGUAGAGGACCAAGCUCCCGUUUCUCUUUGGUGUAUUUUUCUUUAGAAAGAGAACCCUGAAAGCUGCCAGUUUUUCUAUUAACCUUGAAUUAUUGAAAUUGUAUUUAUUUAAUAUUAUUGUUUUUACAAAAUCGCACCUUGUGGCCAAAGGGCAAAGAGAUGGCUCAUUGCAUUAGGGAUUUAUAUUUUUCAAAGAGCUAAAUGUUUCCACAUCCAUCCUUUAUACAUUUGAAACAGUUGGUAGGAAAGGAGCCUGCUGGGAAAACGUGAUUUUCCUACGAAUUCCUCCAGAUGUUUUUGUAUCAGUGAUGUUUUGGAGUAGAAAGAAAGCGACUGGCUGGUAAGGAUGAUAGGGUGCUGGAGACGCCCCGCUUCGCCUGUUUGUUUCUGUGGGGAGUUCAGACCAUAACUGAAAAGUGGCCUCUGCUCCAUUAAAAAGUAGGAACAGUGCCCCAAAUAUGAAGGUCCUAAAUAGCUAUUUUUGAAAUUAAAAAGUUUAAAUUUUGUAAAUGAGCUGUUGCUAUACACGACUUAGGAUGUCUUGUGCUUAGACGUUUUUGUAGCAUUGCGUCACACCAUCCCUAAAAGAUGAGAUGAUGAUACAGGCAGUGAGAAAAUGCAGGAAUGGAAAAUGAAAACCUAAAUGUUUCUAGGAAAGGCCUGGGGAGAAAAAUUGACCAGAAAUCUGUGUAUAUUGCAAUGUGCAGUCAGAGUCUUGUCCCCAGCCCUCCCAGAAUCCUCACCAAACCUCGCUCACUACUUUAAAAGCGGGAGUCUGUGUUUCUCCACACUGGGCUCUGCAGGUGUGUGUUUUGCUUAAUGUCCUCCAUUUCCACUUUCAGCAAAUGUAGUUGCAGACAAAUGCUUUCUUUUUAUUUUUCCCUUGGUUUGGGGUAUGUAAAUAGCCUAAAAUGUACAUUGAAUUUCACAUUGUAAAAGUUUUAUUUUAUUCCUUGUAUUAUAUUAUGCAAAAAUCCCUAUGUAUAUGAAAGUGCAUAAUAAAUAUAUUUGCAUUACAGAAGAGA